CAGCAUGAACUAGGGGCAGCCCUAGGCUUCCGCAGAGUCGUAAUAACACCUGGGCGCAGGCUUGAAAUGUGUAGCUGAACUCCGCGUAAACGAGGGCGAGGCCGGCAAGCGGCCAGGAGCGGACUUCAAUGAAUUUCUUAAGGAAACUUAGCGAAAGGUUCAAGGAGCAAGCUGCUGCACGCAAACUCGAUGGAGGCACGCUUUGCGGGAAGCAGGGAGCGGAUGGCGAACCGCCCGAGUGCAACCCGCGCCUCUGCAAGACCAACACGACCAUCCUAGCUUCGCACUCCGGCCCGGACACGGGAGUGGCGGUGUACAAGCAGUUUGCGCCAGACCUGCCGGCGACAUGGGACAAUCCCGUGGACUGGGCGUACGGCAUCUCCGUGUCCAUGUACGACCUGGGGCCCACGGGCCGCCGCAACGGCGAGCCCGUCGCGGACUGCUUCGGCAUCCUGGCCUAUCAGGAGGGGGCUAUCCUGGCCGUGGCGGACGGCGUGAACUGGGGCGAGCCGCCGCGGCGCGCCGCGCGCUGCGCCGUGCUGGGCUGCCUGAGCCACAUGCACAAGGCGCUCCGGCAACACGAAACCGACUCCUUGCUGGACUGCCGCACGGUGUUCAAGCACCUAGUGGAGUCCAUCCCCGCCAGCCAGAAGCUCAUCCUGCAGCAGUUCGGCACGCUCACCACGCUGGUGGUGAGCGUGGUCCUGCCGCUCAAGUGGGUGCGCAGCCCGGGCCGCUGGGCCGCCAUCACCAUGACGGUGGGCGACAGCGCCGCCUACGUGUACCGCGCCGCCAGCAAGACAGUGGAGGAGGUGACGGCGGCGGCGCAUGCGGAGGGAGCGCGCGACCCGCGCUGGUGCCCGGGCGCGCUGGGCUACGCCAUGGGCGAGGAGCCGGACCUGGCCAACAUGAUGCUGUGCCUCACCUUCCUGGACGAGGGCGACUUCGUCUUCCUCACCAGCGACGGCGUGGCCGACAACUUCGACCCCGUGAUCCGCAAGAUGGCGCGCCACCAGGUCCUGGAGUCCGGUGAUGGCGACCUCCCAGCUCUGUCGCCGGCAGAGUGCCAGGCCAAGGCGAUGGACCUGCUGCGGGACGUGCUGGUGGACGCCGACCGCCGCCUGUCCGCCUCCCCACACGGCGCCGACAGCGCAGCAGCCUCGCCGCGCAGCGCCAGCGGCCGAGGCCUGGGCCUGGGCGGCGGCGGCGGCAGUGGCGGCGGCGGCGGCAGCCGCAUGACCGCCCGCGGCCUGGCGGAGCAGCUGCUGCAGCACGUGUACGACGUGACGGAGGAGCAGCGGCAGCACGUGGAGGCGCGCAACCGCGACCGGGAGCGCUCGCUGAGCCGGGAGCACGCCCCCGGCUCGGGCCCCAGCCUCGGCACGGACCACAAGCACGGCGGCCUCAUGGGUCUGGCGCCCCUGGCGCGGCCGCCCGGCAAGAUGGAUCAUGCGACGGUGGCCGCCUACCAGGUGGGCCGCCGCACGGCCGCCUCGGUGGCCAAGAGCCGCGCGCGGCUGGCGGCGGUGGACGCGUCGGCGCCCACGCUGCCCUUCAUGGCGGCGCAGGCGGCGCCGGCCAACUCGACCGCGUCGGCGCGCAGUAUUGUGCGGCAGGGGACGUCGGGCGGCGUGACGGCGGCGGCGGUGCCGGUUGCGACGGCGGUGCCGGUGGCGACGGCGGUACCGGUUACGACGGCGGUGCCAGUGGCGACGGCGGUACCGGUUACGAUGACGGUACCGGUGGCGCCGGUGGGGCUGGCUUCGGGGCCCUCGGCGUCCGGGCCCUCGGGUGCCUCCGCGGCGUCGGCGUCGGCGUCCGCAGCGGCGUCGGCGGUCAACAAUGGCAGCACCACCAGCGCCAGCCAUGUGUCGGGGUCGCUUGCGGUGGUUGGGGGCGGGAACGGAGCCGGAAGCGGGACGGUGUCGGAAGCGGGCGAGGGCGCGGCGGCAGCGGCGGCGCAUGUGGCGGAGAAGGGGUGACCGCUGCGGCGGCUGGUCGUGUGAGGCUUAGGCUAGGCCUUGCCAAAGAAUGCGGCAGUGUGUGGGCGAUUGGACUAACAGCAAAUGAACGCGUCCCUACUGUGGUAUUUUCCUGAGACUGCAAACCGCGCGGCGGCAGUGGCGGCGCAGGGCUAGGCAGCGGUGGCGGCAGCGGCCCUGGGCCCAGCAGUGGCGCCGUGCAUGUGCGUAGCGGAGGGGGCAGGCAAGGCCACGUGGAGGAGGAGAGCGCGGCGCCGUCCCAAGAAACGGCGCCGGCGCGCAGGUUGAGGCCUGCCGGUGUCUGGUUAGCAGUCUUUGCUGGCGAGCAUAGCAUGGCACGGUGUGUGGCAGCAUGUAUUCCUGUUUGGUUUGUUGCGUGUGGUUUGUUGCGUGCUUUGCUUGUGCUUGACAGGGAGACAUGGCUUGACGCAUGGCGGGCCGUGCAAACCAACCCCGGCUAGCUAUGUCCGGGAGAUGAGGUAAACGGUUGCGGCUCAGGCGGGAGACGUGGCGUGGGCGCAGCCCACUUGUCCCUAUACAUCUUGUCAUGAGAUUGUUGCUUAGGCGAACCGUGGUACGUCUCCAUGACCCUGUAUUCCUGCGGAUAUCUUUGUUCUCGGUGUGUCGCUGUGGUGGUGUCUCUGAUGUGCACUUGACCACGUCUGGUGAAGCUGUCGCCACUCGUUGGUGGACUGUCUCGCUAGGGGACCAUGUCCGAGAAUGGGUCGGUAUUGCACGUGCGUUUAAACGUGAAUGAGAAAUAUAAGCCAGUGUGAAUGGGCUCAUAAUAAGCGGCUUGGGGGCUUGCCGAGUCUAGUAUUGAGUCGUUUGGGCUGUUGGGUUGGUUGAGCGCGCCGGUCAGACGAGCCAAGCACCGUAUCCACACACCCAUAGGGCAAGCGCAGGCCGGCAUCGAAUGCACAAUGUGUGACAGUUGGCCCGCUUCGGUCGCUUGCGUCCUCCACAAGGCGCAUGUGUAACACAAGUCGGUG